AUGAAUACUGCUAGUAUCACUAUCUCAAAUAGAGAUGAAGACCUACCACCAUUGUUAUUACCAAGUAUUAAUCCAAAUAUAAGAAAUAUAAUGAAUGGAACAAAUAAUAUUAUGGAUCAUCAUCAUCAUCACCAUCAUCAAGAUAAUAGUAAUGAUAGUAGUAGUACUAGUAGUAGCAGCAAUGCUCCGACAAAUAUUAUUAAAAUUGACCCUUUCCUUCAUAAGAAAAGACAAUUAGAGAAUACUAAUAUAAAGAAAGAAGAUCAAUCAUCAACUUUAAUUAAUGGAUUAGAAAGCUUAGCAUCAUUAGCUACAAAAAGACCAAAAUUAUCAUCAACUACAUCAAAUAAUAAUGCAACUAUGCCUGCUAAUUUAUUAAUGGGUUUACAUCAUAAUAUACAUACACCACCUCCAUUACUAAACAACAACAAUAAUACUACUACUACUACUACCACCACCACCACCAAUACUGGUAAUAGUACUCCACAUAGUAUUGAUACGCCACGUAGUAUUACACCAGCAAGCGGAAUUCCAUCAAGAAGUGUUACACCUUUAAGAAAAAAUCAAAUAACAUCAAAUGUAUCUCCAACUUCUUCUGUAUCAUCAUCUUCAACAACAACAAAUUCACAAACUUCAAAGAGACAAAGAGUGGGUCCAAGUUGUGAUAAAUGUCGACUUAAGAAAAUUAAAUGUGAUGCUCAUAUUGAAGUAUUAGUUCAAGAUGAAUCUGUUCUUACUUUUGCAACUGAUUUAUUACAUUAUGCAUUAACUAGAGAUGAUGUUAUACGACACCGUACUGUAUUGGAAUCUCAAUUCCAUAUCGGCAAUGAUACUUUAGAUUCAUUCUUAAAACAAUCAUUUGAUAAUUAUAAUCCUCAUGCUGGUAAUAAACAAUUCAUUAAUUAUUUGUCAAUAAUCAAACAUAUUGAUAAAUUAAUUCUCUUUAAACCAUGUUUAUCCUGUUGCAAGAAAAAACAUUCGGCUAUUAUUACUGGAUUUGUAACACCAAACCCAUAUACAGAAUUUUUAAAUUGUUGUACUUUUUCAAAAGGUUUUACUAGAGCUGAUAUUAAUAUCUUUUCAAGAAUAAGUAAAAAUAUUAACGGGAAAACUAUUUAUGAAAUGAAUACGAAUGAUUAUAAAAAUGCAGGUUUUUAA